UGUUCAAUUUAAUGAUUUACUUUAAACUUAUUCAUGGUUUAUUUUCGUCUAUUUUAGGAGAAAGCUAGGCUUUAACUCUGGCUUCAGCCAUGGCUUCAUUUCUUACGUUACUGUUUUCCUUUUGUGCAGGCAAUUGCUCCUGGAAUAUGAUUUCAAUGCUUGGAUUGUUAAAAUGGAUACUCCCUCAUCAACCGUGGAUUCUAGAGACAGUGACAGUAGUGAUUUGUCUGAUGAUUUUGUACAAAAUUCAAAAGACACAUCAGGUAAAAAAUUCCACAAGUUGUCAUCAGCACAAUCUUCAGCAUCGCCACCUGAUAAUCCUGUCUUCAAAUGCCAGUUUUGUAGUGCUGCUUUCUCAGUCAGAAGCAACUGUACCCGCCAUGAAGGUAGAUGUGAACACAACAAAUCAAAGGAAGCAGCCUUAUUUACUUGUUCCACUUGUGGGUCUACCUUCAAUAGAAGAGACAAUUUUAAUGUACACUUAAAGAAGUGUAGCUCUGCGAAACCUAAUUGCUCAGAGAGAAAAAAACCUUGCUUGUUUAAGGACUGUGGGUUAAAAUUUUACCACAAAAUCACAUUGAUUGAGCACAUCAAGUCUUCUCAUCAACAUGUCAGUAUUAAACCAACCGUGCAUAAAUCUUUUCCCACUAUUCAAGCAUUUAAUGUGUGGAAGGAGAAGGAAGAAGCGGACACUUUUUCUUAUUUUACUGCAAGGAAGGGGCAAAAACAUAGUUCUGAUAAACAUUUUUAUUGCCAGCAUGAUGGCUCUGCAAAGUUGCAUUCUAGCAGGAAGACCAGCAGAUGCAAAAAUAUAGGCAGGAUUAAAGUUGGACACCAAUGCAUUGCCAAGAUCAUUGCUCGAGUUAAGGAAGGUAAAGUUGAUGUGGAGUAUUUCCCAACUCACAGUCAUGUUUGCAAAAAAGAAGAUAUGUUUCAUCAGCCCCUACCUGACGCUAUGUCCAGGUUCAUUGAUGAGAAACUUGCUGAGAGAAUACCACCAUCAGUUGUCUAUGACCUGACUAAGGAACGAUUUUUGCCCAAAGAUAGUCCAAAUGUGCAAAAUAUAAAAGCAAGUAUUCUCACUAAGAAAAGGAUUUUAGAAAGGGGUCGUAAAAGACGUAUGGCCCGCAGACUGCACAAGAAUGAUGCUAAAGCUGUCUAUCUCAUGGUCACUCAGCUGUUAGAAAAUGAUGAUUGUGUUCUCCUAUAUAAACCAUAUGGCUGUAAAGUUGUGCAUGGUCCCCCUGAAAUUGAUAAUUUACCAGAUUCAGAAAAACUUUUCAUGUUUGCUUUCCAAACAGAAAGACAAAGACAACUGAUGAAUAGACACUGUAGUAAAAUUGUCAUUGUGGAUGAAACCCACGGCACUAAUCAAUACAACUAUAAUUUGUUGACUGCCAUGGUAGUAGAUGACAACCGACGGGGAUGGCCCAUUGCUCAUCUCAUUACAAGUAAAGUCAAAAAUGAUGGUGAUACUUUGCAAUUCUUCUUCAGCUGUCUAAAGUCACGUCUGGAUAAUGAUGUGAAAAUAAGUUGUGUAAUAACUGAUGAUGAUCCAUCUCUAAUUAAUGGUAUGAAGGCAGGAAUUGCAGACGACCUUAUUCAUCUCUUGUGCAAAUGGCAUGUUAUCAAAAAUUUGAAAGAUAAUCUUCGGAAGAAGUCAUCCUCUGAUCUUUUUGAAACUGUUUUAUCAGAGAUCAAAGUUCUUAUGAACACUGAAAAUGAAAAUGAAUUUCUUAAAUUAAAAGAUGCCUUUAAGAAGAAGUACAAAGAUGAAAAUAACAAAUCUGCUAAGCCAUUUUUGGAUUAUAUGGAAAAAUACUAUUUUAAGAGAUGCGAGAAGUGGGCAAUGUGUUACAGGAAUUUUCCACAUGCAGAAGUGAACACAACAGGGCACAUAGAGUCAUUCCAUAGUAGGCUGAAGAAAACAUACCUAAAGAGAAAGGUCAACAAAAGGCUGGAUGAUUUAAUUCACAUUCUAUUUGAUGUAGAAUGGGAAGACCACUGUACAAGAACCAGGGAGGCCAACACAGGAUUUUCUUCUCGACCACAAGAUAUUAUGGAGCGACAUCAACGUGGCCUCUUAAUGGAAGAUGAUGUCAUCAUUGAACAAGUUGUCAACAGAGUGUGGGAAGUCAAGUCUGCUUCCAACAGCAGUCAAAUCUAUAUAGUUGAACGCCACAAAGAGUCCUGUACUUCUGACUUCUGCUUUUGUAAAUGUUCUAAGCCAGAAUGUCAUGGUCUGUGUUCACACCUUUUCUCUUGUAGUUGUCCUGACCACCAUCCGCUGUGCAAGCACAUUCAUAAAUUGCAGUCUUUUCUCACUAGAGGGCAACCGCUUACUCGUGUUGACGAGGAAGACUUUUACAUUUUUCCAGAUGUGAAAGAUGAUUGUUCUAACAAUGCAAAUUUGGAGGACAACUGCAGAAGUGAACCAUCUUCUAGUGAAACAAUGUGGCAAACAAAAAUUGACAGACUUCAGUCUAAUGUUGCUGUCCUUCAACAAUUUUUGCAAGAUGCUCAAGAGAAAAGUAUCAAUGAAUAUUCCUUGACUCAUGCUGAUGCAAUCCUUGCAGAUCUAGUGAAAGCUUUACAUCUAGAUAAUAAUCAGAAAGAACUUGAAAGUGUGCCUGCAAUGGACCCUGUUGUCUCAUUUGCCCCAAAUGAAAAGCUCAAAACCCAGGUUUCUCAAAUCCCCUCUUUUAAAAGACCCUUAUCAAAAAGGAAACGGCAAGAAGAUCCUUCUGUUCUCAGGCAGAAAAAGAAAGCUGCUAUUGAAGGCCUUCUUAGUUAUUCAUCAUCCAUCCCCAAUGUUGAUGAUCCAGAUGAUGAUUUAGUUAACCUUGAUCAUGAAAAUGAGACUACUGAAAAUUAUAAGAAUUUUACCCUCUCUAGUUCAUAUGUCUCUGAUCCAUUUGACAUUGUUCUUCGGUGUGGAGAUGACCAAAUAUCUCUCAUUCAUCUGAAGUCCUUAGAGUUGUACUUGGAACCAGAAGAAGAGAAAGUCUACAAGAGAAGAGACUCAAUAUUUCAUUGUGGUUGGUUGUACUCCAGUAUAAUUGAUGCCUUCAUUUUCAAAUUGUGUUUGAAGUUUCCUGCAGCUUUUCAUGUUGGUUCUGACUUAGCAAGUCGUGCCCUAAAAACUUCAAAUGCUAGUUAUUUCCAGCGUAGAGUUGAUGAGAUCCAAAACAAGUCUAUUCUUUUCCUUCCUGCUAAUCUUUCUGGUAAUCAUUGGUUCAUCCUUGCAAUUUUUAUUCAGGAGAAAGAAAUUCAAUAUUAUGAUCCUUUGCAAGGUCCUCUGAGUGGUGACUGUCUCAAACUUUUGAUCCAGACAGUGUCUGAUUUGAAGGUUGUUUUUCCUUCUUCUGGCAAUUGGAAAGUCAAGCCCAUCCGUAGACCGAAGCAAACAGAUUCGCAUAGCUGUGGUCCAUACAUCUGUCGAUUUGCUGCUGAAUUGAUUGACCCAUGCUUUAAUCUCUCUGUUGCAACUCCAUAUGAAAUUCGGAAGUUCAUUUACCAUGUGAUUGUUGGCAACUGUUUGUCCAGAUUGAACUAUUUUGUGGAAGAAUGCGGCAAGUGUCAUGUCUCAUAUGACAACGAAGACAACAAUAACCAGGGAGAUGCUUGGUUAGCUUGUUCCAGUUGUAAUCAGUGGUUCCACCUUAAGUGUGUAGACGUUUCCCAAACAUUUGACACAUUCAUUUGUCCUUAGUCAAAAUGUCAAAUUUUUUGAAUUUUGUGGGCCAUCUAUUACUGUUUUGAAAUGUGCCGGGCCAAAGUGAAGUGAAGCAAAGCACAGGUUUGACUUAGAGCACCCUAUUAUGGGUCCUUGUUUCCUUCCGAGUUCUCUAUAUUGCUUUUAGUGUUGUAUGAACAUUUUGGAGUCCAGUUCUAGUUUAUGAUAAAUACUUUUUUUUAUGUUAAAUAUUAUAUUAAUCUUUUCUCAUUAGUCAGGGGUUAUCCUGUGAUCUUAGCUAUAUGCUUUUGUAUGUUGUAAAAUACUAUACUUAUCUUUUCUAAUCGGUCAGGGGUUAUCCUGUUAUCUUAGCUAUUAAAGUCAAAUGUAAUUCUUUGUUUUGGCCCUAUCCUGUGAUCUAGUUU